ACUUCAACCAGAAGUUGGACUCGAUAAUUUCGAAAUUGGAGGACCUCACCAUUUCGAGUGAUGUGACGUCAGCCGAGAUUGCCACACUCACGCGAUCUCUUAGUGCAGCCAGCAGAACCUCUAACAUUUCCAUCCAGAGCUUUCACAGUGCUGAGUUCCGAGCUAAGGCCAAACACAUUGUGAGUGAGACCAUUCUCAGAGCUGCUAGCAAAGCCAGCCAUUCUUUGCUACAGAGCAUGCCUAGCACCACCUUCUCACACCAUGCGGUUUCUACAGCCGAAGAUAUAGUAAAUAUUAUCAUGCAAGACCUUGAAAGUGUAUCCCAGUACACUGUGGACGACGCAGACUCCUUCCCACUAGGAGAGAAAAAGCUGGAGUUCCAGCUCAAACCCAGAGUUGUCUUUGACAACUUAUUGGAUGCUGCUCAAACCAUGUACCACAGAGUAAAGGAUAGACUGAACAUCUUUUUCUCUUUUCCACCAGUGUCAGUCACCACAGCCAAAUAUGUGCUGGACUCCGCCCCUGUGGAGACACUCAGACGUUCUAAGUCCGCUGACACUGCUCUUGUUGAGGACAGGAGCCGCCCUCCGUCUGUGAGAAGUGAGAAGCCUUUGUCAAAAGUCUGUUUGGCUAAAAGGUCUAAAACCCUUCUGUCUUCGAGUGGCUCUUCAACAGACCACCAUGUAAUUGACACAUGCAGUGAGGAUGUCACUCUGCCCACCAGGAGUAUGUCAGUUGUGAGCAACAACAGUUUGAAGAGAGCCUCUCCUCUCCACGGCAGUGGAUUGAGUGAAAAUUGCAAACCUCUUGUGGCUCUAAAAGACGUAACAGUGGCAGUCAGCCAAGAAGGCUUUAGCAAAACUGCAAAGAAGACGCUCAGCUUGAUCCUAAAUGUGAUCAAGUGUAGAGUGGCCAACUCUGAGAGUUCAUCUGUUGGGCAGAUUGCAAGUGAGGAGUGUCUGAUAGCCACUAACAUGUUAGACUCUGUACUGGAGAGCCUUGACCAGUUGCCUGACAUGAGCGCUGCCGAUGAAAUCACAAGGACAGAAUCCCAUACCUCUAUCGCAAUGGACGAGACAGGUUCACGGUCAACGCUUGUGAGCCAACAAGAAAUAAACAUAUCUGACACCAAUAUCAUAGUGAAAACUAUAAUGGACACAUUGAAGACGGACGCCUCAGAGAUGACUUCAGCAGAAGAACAUCUGGAUAGGCUCCUGUCAGUUGAAGCCCUUCAAGGUGCAUCUGGAAACCUGAUCGCAAAGGUCCAUGGUCUCAUUCAGGAGAUAACCAUAAACCGCCAGCUUCAAUCCAUGGUUGGCCACAGAAGCCUCUCUCAACCAGCGCUGCCUAAACCAGCCCUGAGGAAGCUGUCAAAGGACGAUGCCUCAGAGCUCAUUUACAACUUUGCCCAGACUUCUGUUAGGAGACUCCUGGGGCAGUGUAUGGGAAGGCCUAUGCCACCAUCGGCUGAAAUGGUUUUGGAUCAGGUCAUCAAGUUGAUGACAGACGUGGUGAUGGACAGCCUGACUUAUGUGUCCAAGUCUACAAUGGAGGAUGACACCAGCAAUGCCACAAGUGACAUCACUCAUGGUGUUGUAGCUGACCUUAAUGCUACUGAGGAAUUCCCUGCCAGGAGCCUUAGCCCGGCUGAUGUAAAGGCUGACGGCAUGGCCCGUCUUCCCUCUGCCAGAGGGGAAGAGACUAAGAAGAACAGGAAGUGGCGUUUCCUACCGAAAAUGCAUACGUUUCCAAAGAUCAUGAUUAAGCUGUUCAAGACAAAAGGGAAACCGAAGAGACAUCCAGAACAGGAUGCUCUGCCUACCAAACGUCUCAGAGAGACUCAUAUUUCACAGGAUGCUGAGUGUGAGGUUCCAGAGGUUCCAUCCACUUCCCCACCCAAGGAGGACCUGACAACCACACCGGCCCCUGCUCCCCAGGAGUCCCAGUCCCGUAAACGCCCACUCAUAGUCAGGGUGUUACACGCUCUCUCCAGAGCCAUCUCCAAACCAUUCAGAGGAGCUUCUGGGAAGAAGAAUUAGCCAAAUGCCUGAUUUUAUUAAUAUGAUAUUUUAAUCAGAGCCUUUAUUUAAUAAAACAUCACUGCAUUGAUUUCUGUCUAUAGUAGUCUUCAUGUAUGUGCAAGAUAACGGUAAAGUACUUCAAACCACAUAGUCAAAAGUAUUCAUAGUGAAGUACCGUUUAUGAUUAUUGAUUGUGGAAAUACACAUAAUACAGAAAAGUUGUUGUCACAUAUAAAGACAGACAUAAAGGAGAACUCCGUAGACCAGUCACAUUCUCAAGCCAUAACUAAAUCCAUGAAUGGAUCUCCUAUAAGAUGACAGGAGAACAUUUGUAACACUUUCUAUGAAGCCUAUAUCUAUAAUGCAUACACUCAAGUCAUUUACAUUUUACAUUUUAGUCAUUUAGCAGAAGCUCUUAUCCAGAGCGACUUACAGUUAGUGAGUGCAUACAUUUUUUUUUCAUACUGUCAUACACUCAUAAUGACUUAAUUGAGUUAAGUGUUAAGUUAAGUGCA